AUGAAGCAAUUAUUGCUGUUUUAUAUUAAACCAUUCAUACCGGACUGUAGUCAUAUUCCAUGUGGUUCACAUCAACAUUGUGUAAGAAAUAUAGCUGGCAAUGCUACAUGUGUUUGUAAUGUAUUUUUUGCUCCGGAAAAUCUUGAUCCCAGUAUUCCACUUGAUUGUCGUUUUAGUUGGAUUACUUUAUUAUUAGCGGUGAUCUUCUCACUGUUGAGCUUAAUUUGUAUUAUAUGGAUUAUAGGUGCGAUUUGUAAAGCAUGCUCAACAAAAAGACAAUAUAAAAAUGUCAAACCAGUGGAUCAACCAGAAGAAGAAGAAGGCGAAUCAAUUAGAUCUAUUCGAAGUUUUGCAUCAAUACCUUAUAACGCACCACCAAGAAAUUGUGAUUAA